AUGUCCUACGGGUCAUACAGCUCCGCCUCGCCGAUGGAGAUCCCAUCGCGCCGAAGUGCAUACCACAACUCAUACCUCGAUGAGUCCUGCGCAUUCCCAAGCUGGCCACGGCGAGUUUCGCUGGGCGAGCACGGCAACGAACAGCCUCGGGCGACAUCUUACAUCUCAGACGAGGACCUGCUGUUCCUCUCAGAGCCCGUUUUCGCCGACGAGGAUACGCACUCAGUUUCCAGCUACGGAUCCGGCACGCCAUCACCACGCCUCGCGCCAGUCCGGCAUCUGGGCGGCGCUGAGCUCGAGGAGAUGAGACGCGAACAGGCUCUUCGCCAACAGGAGCUCAUGCGCUCCGUCAUGGCCGAGAAGGAACAGAGGCGACAGGCCGCGAAGGCGCACAAGCAGCGCAAGUCGAGCUCCAAGAAGGCCUCGAGCCCCAGGAGCAAGCUCUCGGCCAUGACACCUAUCGCCGAGUGA